CCACUCCAAGAAACUCACACAUAUGCAUCAUUCUUCAUCACAUGUCUUCCCAUGCAUUCAUCUCUCACUCUUCUCCAAACCCUAACCCUAACCCUAACCCUAACCCUAACCCUUACCCUAACCCUAAUAACAUCAACUGUAAACUCCACUGGAGAUGAAAGAGCUUCAUUACUUCAACUAAGAGACACACUAAUAAGCCCCUCCAUCAGCCUCCAUUCCAACUGGACUGGUCCAUCAUGUUACCGAGGCCGAUCUCGGUGGCUCGGCAUCUCUUGCUCUCCAUCAUCUCAUGUCAUCUCCAUUGAUCUUCACUCAACUCAACUCACUGGUUCUCUUUCCUCAUCCUCUUUCCAAAACAUCACUUAUCUCACAACUAUCAUUCUUGCUAACAAUUAUCUCAAUGGUACUCUUCCCACACUUGAAGGCCUUUUUUAUCUUCAAUCUUUAUCCUUGGCCGGAAACCGGUUCUUCGGUUCGAUACCUAAAGAGUAUAUAGACUUGAAGAGCUUAACAAGGCUUGAACUUCAAGAUAAUCUUUUAAAUGGGAGUAUACCUCCAUUGGACCAACCAAGCUUGCAAGUGUUCAAUGUUUCUUAUAACUUUCUUCAAGGGCUGAUACCUGAGACUGAAGCAUUGCAGAGGUUCAAUAGUUCUUGUUUUGAUCAUAAUUUAGGGUUGUGUGGGAAGCCAUUGGAUACAUUGUGUCCUUUGGCUCCUUCUCCUUCUCCUUCUCCUUCACCUUCGUCCUUGCCAUCUUUGGCCGGAAAGAGUUCAUUGGAGACUUGGAUUCUUGUUUGUGUUGCUGUUGGUGCAGUGCUUGUUCCUUUGUUUGUUAUCUUGUGUUUCUUGUGUUUCCAUAAGUGGUGUCUUAAGAAGAAGGAAGAAGAAGAAGAAGAACAAGGAAAAGCCAAGUUUUCUUCUGGAGAACAAGAGGAGAGGGAAUUAAGAUAUGGAACAAGAGGAGUAACAAGAGCAAAGAAGAUAGCAGAGCUAGAAUUCAUGGACAAAGAGAAGCAAAUGGCAUUUGAUCUUGAUGAACUAUUGAGAGCUUCAGCAGAAGUUAUGGGAAGAGGGCAAUUGGGCACAACUUAUAAAACAACUCUUGAGUCUGGUUCAAUUGUUGUUGUCAAGAGGUUGAUCAGAGAGAUUAAUGAUGGAUUAAGCAAAAAAGAUUUUGUUCAACACAUGCAAGUCCUUGCCAAACUCAACCAUGAAAAUGUUACACAGAUCAUUGCUUUCUAUUUCUCAACGGAUGAAAAGAUUCUCAUCUUUGACCAUGUUCCUCAUGGCAACUUGUUUCAACUCUUGCAUGAGAACAGAGGAGAAGGAAGAGUGCCAUUAAAAUGGGAAACAAGGCUAAAUAUAGUGAAAGGAAUAGCAAGAGGCUUAGCUUAUCUUCACCAAUCCCUUCCUCCUUCUUUUAAGGUCCCUCAUGGCAACCUUAAAACCUCAAACGUCCUAAUCCUCCACCCAAACCACCACCCUAAACUCACUGACUAUGCCUUCCUCCCUCUCCUCCAAACCCUAAACCUAACCCUAAUUGACAAACUAGCCAUUUCCAAGACCCCAGAGUACUAUAAAGCCAAAAGAAACCAGAAGGAGAAGAAGAAGAUGAUGAUGAUGCUAAGUAGCAAAGCUGAUGUCUUUUGUUUUGGCCUCAUUCUCAUUGAAGUCAUAACUGGUUUAAUAAUUCCAAGUGAUCAUGAAGAUGAUGAUCAUGGUGGUGGUGAUCUUUCAGAGUGGGUUAGGUCAGUGGUGAGUAAUGAAUGGUCAACUGAUAUUUUGGACUUGGAAAUAGUUGGAGAGAAUGAGAAUCAUGAAGAGAUGAUGAAGCUUGUUGAUAUUGCUUUGGAGUGUACUUGUUUUGAUCCUGAGAAAAGACCUCUUGUUCAUGACCUACUCUGCAGGAUUGAAGCCAUCUCACCAGCUUGCUCUAUCUAGCUAGCUCACUCAUCAAUUUAAUUUCUUUGAUUAAAUGUGUUUGUUUAUGUAUAUUUUGUUUUUUUGUUUUUUGUUUUUGGUUUUUUAUUUGCAUUUGAUUCAUUAAUUAGUUUGUUUUUUCUUUGUUAAGAGUUGUUUUGAUUAUUCAGCUAA